UCACAAAUUUUACAAAUCAAAUAAAUAAAAAAUAAAGAUAAUAAUAUAAUCGAAAAUAAUUGAUAAUUUUAAUUAUAAAAAAAAUAUUCUGUUUUGCCGCCGAAUUUUUGAAUGUUAUUGCCCAGCCUGCAUUUUUAAAUCUUGUUUAGCGUGUUAGGACUGUAUGAAUAAAGCUUAACUCACAAUCAGCUAACUUCACAGUUGUGAACUAUAAUGAUUUGUUUACGCUUACUUCGAUUUAUUUUGUUAUUUAAAAAAGAGAAAAACACAGUAAAUAGUUAUGAUUUUUGAAAUAAAAUCGAUUGAACAACAAUAAUAGAAAAUCACUGUACUCUACAAAUAAUUUAAAUAGUUGUUUUCAUUACAAUUAUACAAGAUCAAUGAAUAAAUUAAACUGUAAUAGAAGUGAAUGUGUGGAAAAAAAAUGAUUAAAAGCUCAUAUAAAGUCGUGGGAUAAAAUCUUUGAGAAAUAUCUCAAUGGACUUAAUCAACGAGGCAGAAUUAAAUGUGGAGACAUUGCAGCCAUUAUUUGAUAAAAAUGAGGAAAAUACCAAUGAACGACGGUUACCAAUGAGAAAUUCAAUUUUAAAUAUUCAGUAUUGGGUGAAUACUGGAAAACCGCCUUGUCUAUCAAUUUUGAACGAAAAUUAUAAAUCACCAGAAGAAAUAUCACUUUCAGAAAAGGAAAUUUCAGCAGUCGAACCAGCAGCAAUUUCUCCAUUCAAGAAAAAUUCGUCACAAUCGGCAAUAAUUCCAAGUGAGCCAAUUAAUCUUUUUUUCCCCGUUAUUUCUAAUCAUUCCGACAAUAAACACGAUUGUAUUCUAUCUCCAAAUCACACCAAGAAGAACUCGCCAUUAAUAUUUGCAGAAAAUGAAAACGAAUCACCAAAAAUUAGAAAUCAAAACAUAAAAUAUGAAAUGUCGAUUGAUUCACUAUCAACAUUUAUCUACGAUUGUAAUAAAAAUGUUUCAUACGAUUCGGAAGCUAGUACACUUUUACGAGUGGACACAAAGAACUCGAAAAUUAAAGACUUUAUUCCUUUAAAAAAAAUUUCUGAAUUGUCCCCGGAAAAGUCGACUUCUGAGGAAAUGAAAGAUUUAUUCACACUCAAGACCAACGAUAAGGGGUCGAUAAAAAAGAAUCAUCGAAGAAAAUUAUUCACAAAUUCUGAAUCUCCCAAGGAAUGGCCUCAAUAUUCAAGUCCUAAGAAAAUAUUUAAAAAAUCCCAUUCUUUAACUAACAACUCUUUUUCACAUCCUGCCCUCGAUUAUUCGCCUUCUGAAAAAAAGAUGCAAACCUGGAGAAAGAGAUCUUUUUACAAGAAAAAAAUUGCGACAAGUAUUAAAAAAAAUAAGGCAGUUCCAGACGAAAAUUUAAUUUUUAUUCAUGACGAACCGAAAGAAUUUAAGAAAAGUAGAAUGUCAGAGAAUUCUCAAAAAAAUCUGAGGAAUCAUGAGAAGGAAAAUUCACUAAUUCAAAAGUGUUUUUCGAAGAAAGGAAAAAUUACCGCUAGAGAUAAAAAACUGGAAAUUUCAAAUAAAUUUCCCAUAGGGGAAAAAGAAGAGAAACGAGAACUUGAAAUUAGAAAAUUUACUACUAACGAAAGUUCUGUAUUAACUUCAAAGCGAAAUUUACUUACUGAUGUGAAAUUCUCGAAAAAUAAGGAAAACGUCAAGUCAACGGAAUUAGAGGCGGAAAUUGAUUUUGAAAAAUUGGAAAAAACUACGACUAAUUCAUCAGAACAGGAAAUUUUAUCAGAAUCGACAAGUUCUCUAAUUUUUUCCAAGAGAAAAACUAUUUUUGAACCGUCAGACAGUAGUGAAGAAUCGGAAAAGGGAAAAAUUUCAACAAAUCACGUGAAGAUUGUCAAGAAAAACUUUACGAGUAUUUUUGCAUUUGAUUCAGACGAAGAAUUUGAUAUGACUACUAUUUUUCGUACAACUAGACAAACAGAAAUUAAUAACGAGGGGAAGAAAUUUAAUUUUCAUUCUAAUUUAAAAGAAGAAAAUUCUAAAAAUUUUCCUUCUAAUUCCAAAGAAGAAAAUUCAAGACAAAAAUUUAUUUCCAACAGUGAAGAAAGUGAAUUUGAAAAUAUUUUCGAAACAGAUAAUAAAAUAAAAGAAACAAACAAUGAGGAGAGUAAAUUUAAUUUUCGUUCUAAUUCAAAACAAAAAUUUAUUUCCAGCAGUGAAGAUAGUGAAUUUGAAGAUAUUUUCGAAACACAUGAUAAAAUAGAAGAAAAAAUGAACAACGAGGGACAAAAAUUUCGUUUUAAUUCAAAAGAAAAAUUUAUUUCCAGCAGUGAAGAGAGUGAAUUGGAAGAUAUUUUCGAAACAAACAAUAAGGAGAGUAAAUAUAAUUUUCGUUCUAAUUCAAAACAAAAAUUUAUUUCCGACAGUGAGGAAAGUGAAAAUAUAAUUAGAUGUAAAUUCAGAAAGAAUAACAGAAAUUUAUCAAAAAUUUUACAUUCCCUUUCAUCUGACGACGAAGAUGAAGCAAAAGACUUUCGGUUCUCUAGGAACAAUCGUAGUUUAAUAAAGAAUGGGAAAAAUAAUAAAAGUGAUGAAAAUAAAAAUUUAGUGAAGAGAAAAAUAAAUAAUUUGAAUAAUCAACACAAUAGCAAUCGAUUUGAGACGGAUUUUAACGAAACUUCUUCGAAUAGUGAUAUUUUUAAUUUAAGACCGAAAAAAAAUUGCAGCAUGAAUAAAGAAAAAAUUUUAUUAAAUUCAAAUGAGACAAAAAUUGAAGACAACAAAAAUAAUUCAAACUUCAGUGUAAAUACGAAAAAAGUUAAAGAGAAGAAAAUAUUAAAUUCGAAACAGGAAAAUUCCAGUGAAACAAAAAUUAUAAAAAAGAAACAUAGUUGGAAAUUUUUUUCAGAUAGCGAUGAUGAUAGUGAUAUUUUCCAUUUAGAUUUGAAAAAAAAUCGAAUAACUUCUGAAAAAAAUAACGACAACGAAAAGAAGAUUUUAUCGAAUUUGACAGGAGGAUCAUCAGUGAAGACAAAAAUAAAAGAAGAUUUUAAUAAUUCGACAUUUAUUACAUUUUCGGAUAGUUCUGAUGAUAUUUUUAUUUUAAAAUCAAGAAAGAAAGGACAUUAAAUAAAAAAGUAUAAUAAAAAAUAA